UCACGAUCAGUCGCUGCUACGCAUAGAUUAACUUAGUAUUGCAGUGCCCGAACAUCCCAUCUCAUAUUUUAAUAAGACUAUUAGGUAACUACAUAACCAAAUGAAUUAUUGGAAUACUAUGAAUGAGGUUAUUUUAGAAUAAAACAUUCAACAAGAGAGUCGCGUCAACAACUAAAAGGAGACGUGCUUGAAUAUAUUUUCUGAUUUAUUUCCAGUACGUCAUUACCUAAAGAAGAUUAUGCCACAUACUGGACAAGCUGGCGUUAACCAAUUAGGCGGGGUAUUUGUCAACGGUCGCCCACUGCCCGACUAUGUUAGAAGGCGUAUAGUACAGCUAGCUCUGUUAGGUGUCCGCCCAUGUGAUAUAUCUCGACAACUUCUGGUUUCACAUGGAUGCGUAUCAAAAAUCUUAACUAGAUUUUAUGAAACCGGCUCAAUACGGCCAGGCUCCAUCGGUGGUGCUGGAUUGCAAAAAAAUAAGACUACACAAGGACAUUUUUCAAAGAAAAGUACCAGAUGUAAACAAGAUGUAUCAAACAGAAUGGCCGGAUCUCUAACUACACCUUCUCCGAUACGUAAUCUCCCUUGGAUGCAUCCUCUAGAUUUGUACUACGAACGAAUCCAUCAGCACAUUCACGAAAAUGGAUCCGUGAGCGUCGCAGGCGAACCAUCCAACGGCCAUCCAGCCCCGCCAGGUCCGAAGAAACCGCAUACGCCAUACACCAUCGAAGAGAUAUUGAAACCCACGGCCCCGCGGCCACGGCCACCAUCGCCGUGUGGCCUACUCGUGGACGGCGUGUGCACGUGCGGCCUCACUGCAGGCAACGCCUCUGUUUCAGCGGCGUAUUACGUCGACUUGCAGCAGCAGCAAUUUAUAUGCAGUCAACCACAUCGUUACUGAAACAACUUGUAUACACCUACCUAUUUUGUUUAUUUUUCUUUUUAAUUUUUUUUCUCUUUUAUUAUUAUUAUUUAUUAUUACUUUAAUUUUAAUAUUGUAUAAUAUAUCUAUGACAAAAUCGAAAAAA